AUGCUGACCCACCUCCCUGUGCCUCCCCCCCCCAGCUUCGACACGGCCGAGAGCGUCGUGAUCGUGGCGUCGCAGAAGCGCGCGCUGGGCGGCCGCGAGCUGCAGCUGCCCUCCAUGUCGGUGCUCACCUCCAAGACGUCGACGCAGCGCUUCUUCCUGCGGGUGCUGCAGGUCAUCAUCCAGCUCCGCGACGACACGCGCCGCGCUCACAAGAAGGCCAAGCAGGCCGGCCGCCUGGGUGCCGGGGGCCUCGGGGCGGCUGGCAGCAUCCAGGCGGCCGUCCGGCAGCUGGAGGCCGAGGCCGACGCCAUCAUACAAAUGUGCCGCUUGUUUCCUUCCCGUGCUGUUGGCGCUGUGGCUUCUGCCCUCUCCAUCCUCCUUCCUCCUCCCCUUCAUCCUCCUCAAUUCCCUCCAUCCUCUUCCUCCUCUUCUUCAUCCUUCUCAAUUCCCUCCAUCCUCUUCCUCCUCCCCUCCAUCCUUCUUAACCCCCCCUUU